GAAUAGAUGAGGUAGAUGCAUAGCGUAAUCAGAGAUACCCGAGGGCUGCGAAAAUACCUUUUUCCUUCAGCCCUCGGGUAAUUGCCUUGAAGUUUUCGAAUAGCAGAAGUUCAGAAGGGCCAAGACUUCCAAGGUUCGUUAGGCGCAGCGAGUCUGCCAUGUGCCGCCAGCUGACUGAGGUACGUUGUUAUUCCACUAAUGUUCUCGGCACGUUCGCCAAGACCAACCCGUUCGCCAAGACCAACCCAACGUCAGCCUUUCAGCCUGCGGCAGCUUCGCUGGGCAGCCUCGCCUGGCAACCGCCAGCAACCGCCGCCAACAUCUCGCCUGCUGCACAUUUAACGAACAACAACCCCACGAUUUGCCAACACCCAACCCGACCAGCGCAACAUCCUCAACCGCUUGAUCAAGUACGAACCUCCGGAUCAACCAUACGCCGUCUGCCCAUCCAUCUUUCUCACUCUCGGCCUCCAUCCUUGAUCGGCCAUCGCCAUCCGGGCCAAGCCAGGGAGGGCACCUGCCGCAUCCCACCCGACCGACAUCCUCCUACCAUCCCCAUCCCAUCCGCCGCCAACCGAUAGACAAUCCAAAACAGACACCCGGCAGAACAAGAUGGCCGACCGCGAACUCACCGCGCUACUGGCGCACCUCAAGUCCUCCGCAGGCCGCCUCUCGUACUCGGAAACCAACGCGCUGCUCUCGCGCGCCAAGUUGCUGCUGCUGCAGCUCAACGCGCUGACGCCGGCGCCGGGCACGCCGGCGGCGCACCUGGCGCUGGCGCGCGACACGUUCGAGCAGGGGGCGCUGGCGUCGAUCCGCGCGCGGAACCCGGACGCCUUCACGCGCUACGUCGCGCAGCUGCGGCCCUUCUACGAGCUGCUGCCGCGGGGAGGAGGAGCAGCAGCGGCAGGGGAGGAGGGGGAAGGAGGAGGACAGCAAGGCGAGCGCAACAAGGUGACAGGCUUGUACCUGCUCCUGCUGCUGACGCAGGGCCUGUACGGGGAGUUCCACAGCGAGCUGGAGGCGCUGGCGGCGGCGGGCGGCGGCGACGCCGAGGCGGACCGCUACCUGGGGUACCCGAUCCGGCUGGAGCGGUGGCUGAUGGAGGGCAGCUACGACCGGGUGUGGAAGGCGAUGAAGAAGGGGGAGGUGCCGUGCGAGGAGUUUGGCGUGUUUUCCGAGAUCCUCACCUCACAAAUCCGGUCCGAGAUCGCGUCGUCCAGCGAGCGGGCGUACCCGUCGCUGCCGCUGUCGUCGACCAAGUCGCUGCUGUUCCUCGAGUCGGAGGGCGCCGUCGUCGAGUUCGCGCGCAGCCGCGGCUGGACCGUGCGCGACGGCCAGAUCUACUUCCCCUCCGCGCAGGAGACGGGCGAGGAGGAGCAGGAGAAGGAGAUGAGCCAGAUGAUCAUGGAGAACACGCUGGGCUACGCCCGGCAGCUGGAGACGAUCGUGUAGAGUAGAGCGGUUAGACGGAAGCAUCAGUGAACAAACGGGAAGGAAUUGAUAACAGGGGCGUUGGUAUGGUGUGUCCGUAUU